AUGAAGAAAGUAGCAAGAAAGUCGAUAGACUAUUACAUACUGCCGAACAAGAUCUUGUGCAGUGUGGUCGGAAUAUCACUUGCGGAGAGGAAGUACACAACUAGUGGAAAAAUAUUCGCAUAUUCCCAUCUCAUAGUAGUGAUUGCGGCAGCUGGCAGUAUGUUUGUUCCUCAAAUCAUGCUUGUUGCGGUGAACUGGGGUGAUCUGAAGAUUCUAACAGGAGUAGGAUGCGUGAUAACAACAGUUGGGCAGUAUAUAUUCAAGCUGAUUUACGUAGUGGCCAGAAGAGAAAGAGCGAAAAGACUGUAUAAGGAACUGAGAAGUCUUUGGGACUCGGCAGACGAUCCUGAGGAAAUGAAGUCGUACGAACAAUUUGCAUACUGGGGAAGAAUAUGUACAUUACUGGUCUACACGAUUGGAUUAUGUACUAUAAUCAUCUACACCAUUACAGCAGCCGUUGAUUAUUUUAUAAUAGACUACACAGACAACAACAACGAUAAAACCAGAUAUUUACCAUUUGAAGUCUGGUACGGAACAGAUGUCACAGAAUCUCCUAAAUUCGAGGUCGCCUUUGUUUGCCAAUUUGUGGCAGCAAUGAUGUCCUGUACUGGACUUUGGGCUAUUGAGACCUCCUGUAUGACAACGCUUCUCCACGUAUCGGGUCAAUUUAAGUUAAUUAACACAUGGAUCAGUAGCAUCGGCAUCAAAAGCGAUUGUGAGCCGACGGAUCAUUGCCGUAAUUAUUUGCCGAACGUGGAAGCAAACCUGAUCAAAUGUAUUCGUCACCACCAGCGAGUGAUAAAUGUAGCGGAUGAGGUUAGUAAUCUAUUAACACCCAUUAUUUUUAUGCAAAUCCUCACAAGUGGUAUUGAGAUAUGUUUAAGUGUAUUCGGAGUGAUUGAAAAUGACACGAGCGCUGAAUUUUUGAAAUCUACAAUUUAUUUAACUGCAAUCACGUCACAGCUGUUUCUCUGGUGUUAUUCUGGUGAAAUCCUGAUUCAGGAAAGUGAGGAAAUAGCGAAUAUUGCUUAUUUGAAUGUACCGUGGUACAAUUUACCACCCAUUCAUCGGAGACAGCUUCUCCUUAUAAUACUAAGGGCACAGAAGUGUUGCAGUAUCUCAGGAUUAACCUUUCAAAGACUAUCUUUUCACACUUUAACAAACGUAUUUGGUUUCAGGUAUUCAAUACAGCAGCCUCUUAUUUUACUCUGUUGCGAGAAAUGCAAGAGACGUGAAUGUCAGUAUAACGAUUAUUCCAAUCUAUGA